UCUGCUUCAUUCUCAACCCUUACUUUUCACACCCACCCUCACUCUGCAACAAAAUUUUCUUCCCAUCCAUCAUUCUCUCUUUCAAGAAAGAUAUGAUGGUUAGUAAGAGCGGUGCAAUUCAGAGCUUGAGCAACAACAAUUCCUGUAAUGAAGAAGAGAGGUUUGGGGAGCUGAGAAGGGGGCCAUGGACUCUUGAAGAAGACACUCUUCUUAUCAAAUACAUAGCUGCCCAUGGCGAAGGGCGUUGGAAUGCCUUAGCCAAAUGUGCUGGGUUGAGGAGAACAGGGAAGAGCUGCAGGCUGAGGUGGCUCAACUACUUGAAACCAGACAUUAAGCGUGGAAACCUUACUCCACAAGAACAGAUCCUAAUCCUUGAACUCCAUUCCAAAUGGGGGAACAGGUGGUCGAAGAUCGCGCAGCAUUUGCCAGGGAGAACAGACAAUGAGAUCAAGAAUUACUGGAGAACAAGGGUGCAGAAGCAAGCUAGGCAGCUGAAGAUUGACUCAAACAGCAAGAAGUUCAUUGAAGCUGUGAAGAGGUUUUGGAUGCCAAGGUUGAUUGAGAAAAUGGAGCAGACGAUUUCUACUACUACUUCUUCAUUCAUCUCCUCUCCAUCUUCAUCUUCCUCCAUUUCCACCAUGGAAAAGCAGCAAAGCCCCCCCAUCAACUCCCUCCCUUCCCCACACCCCACUCACCAAACCUACCUCCCAUCAUCCCCAACACUCCAAGAACCACCCAAAACAGACAACUCUGAGAAUGAAAACCUCAACAUUUGCUCCACAGACUCUUUCCAGUUGCAUCAUGACGACGAUUGCUACCACGUCGAAAUAAUGGGGAACUCUUGCUACGGUGGGGAAGAAGCAUUCGGCCACCCCGCCAUGUCAGCAUUCGAAUCCCGGGAUAUUUCCAUGCUGGAGUGCCAGCUGGCGGCACCCGACGACUGGUUCAGCAACGACGUGGCGGAUUCCCUGUGGAACAUUGAUGAGUCGUGGCAGUACAGAAAGCUGGAAGACUUUGGGGAUCUAAGCUGAAAGGCAGCCGCCUUUGUUAGUUGGCUAUGGAAGUGGUGCAAAAUAGACUAGAAAAGAGUUGCAUACUUAUCGUCAACUCACGACUUCUGUUAAUAAUAGCCCCACUAGCGCAUGAUAAAUGGCUAAGGGCUAUUAUAUUACCAGUGUUAAUUAGCUCAUCAUAGUAUUCCCUUAAGCCUUAACUAUUACUAAGAUUAUAAACAACUUUUUUUGGGUGAACUAAAAUCAAGUGUAUAGGGUGGGGUCACAAUGGGUGUAAUUAGGUUUGCUAAGUUUUCUUGUUUUUUUUCUUCAAUAGUCUUAUCAUGGAAAUGCAUU